AUGACUUCUUUUGAAGACAAAGUAAACUUGCUCCGUCAGUCAUCUGAGAAUGGCAGGAAGCCUCUACCACGGAUUACACUAGGGGCCAUCAACAGUGAUGCUUCCUUGCACUAUGCUAAGGCAUUUGGAGAAAAUUCAUCAGACUCUACUGAUACCGACGCUGUGCAUUGGGUGGCCUCUUGUACCAAGCUGGUGACAACCAUUGCGGCAAUGCAGUGUGUCGAGCGCGGUCUGCUAGAUUUGGAUGGGGAUAUCGCCAGUGUGUUACCGGAGUGGGCAAGUCCUCAAAUCCUGACGGGCUUCGAUGCGAACGACAAUCCUAUCUUUAGGGCAGCCACCAAACCUGUUACCCUGCGGCGCAUGUUAACCCACUCCAGUGGUAUGGGUUACUUCCACAUGGAUCCUCUGAUGACACGCUAUCACGAACAGCAAGGAAGCCCUCCUCUGGUCCAAACAUUUCGCCAAUACCAAUUCUUACUUUUUGAACCGGGUGAACGAUGGAUGUAUUCACCUGGCAUUGACUGGGCAGGAGUAGCAGUCGAGCGAGCUACUUCUAUGAAACUGGGCGACUACUUGCAGCGCCAUGUUUUCGAUAUCGUUUCCGUCAAGGAUGCGACAUUCCACCUAGAGCAGAGAGAAGAUCUACGGGCCCGUAAAGUCAAAGCCUGGCUGCGCACAGAUCAAGGCCUGGAAGAAGAGAAGAAUCAGAUCUUUCCCGACCCCAUUGGGGAAGACGUAGGAGGUGGUGGUCUAUACACAACCGUGAACGAAAUGCUUAAGAUUUGUCAAGGUAUACUCACGGCACAAUUUCUGCGUCCUGAGACCAUUGAAGAGAUGUUCCAACCUCAUCUGGAGAGUGCUUCCGGCCUUGAACAACCGGAAGAUUAUUCGCUGGCGCCGCGCAAUGCCAUAUGGAAUGCUAUCCCACAUAACAUACCGGUGGAUUUUGGGAUCGGUGGUAUUCUAAAUAGAUCUGGGAUUCCGCAGCGUCGAGAAGUAAAUUCGCUCUCAUGGUCGGGGAAACCAAAUUGCUACUGGUGGAUCGACAUUAGGAGAGGGAUUGCUGGGAUAUAUCUUUCCCAGCUCUUACCCACCGGAGAUCAGAGUGCCGUUGAACUGCUAACUGAGUUCGAAAGAUGGGUCUACUCGCGUUUGGAUAAUCUGGAUUGCACAGCAAAGUAGAAAACCGAUUUAGGAUCUUGGUAUAGUAGGGUGAGAGUUGAGUAUGGCAAAUUCAGAUAAGUCCUAAUGUCGAGGAAGCUUCAUCGGGUAACUAGAUGAUUUGAAUUAGAAGAUCAG